GGCCCGGAAGGGGAACUGCGCGGUGGAGGUGACCGGGUACUGAGCAUUUCAGAUCUGCUUGAUAAACCUGGCGUACCACCAUGCUGGCUGCAAGGCUUGUAUGUCUCCGGACGCUACCUUCUAGGGUUUUCCAUCCAACUUUCACCAAGGCCUCCCCCUUUGUGAAGAAUUCCAUUGUGAAGAAUUCCAUCACGAAGAAUCAAUGGCUCUUAACACCCAGCAGGGAAUAUGCCACCAAGACAAGAAUUGGGAUCCGGCGUGGGAAAACUGGCCAAGAACUCAAAGAGGCAGCAUUGGAACCAUCGAUGGAAAAAAUAUUUAAAAUUGAUCAGAUGGGAAGAUGGUUUGUUGCUGGAGGGGCUGCUGUUGGUCUUGGAGCAUUGUGCUACUAUGGCUUGGGAAUGUCUAAUGAGAUUGGAGCUAUUGAAAAGGCUGUAAUUUGGCCUCAGUAUGUGAAGGAUAGAAUUCAUUCUACCUAUAUGUACUUAGGAGGAAGUAUUGGUUUAACAGCUUUGUCUGCCUUGGCAAUAAGCAGAACUCCUGUUCUUAUGAACUUCAUGAUGAGAGGCUCUUGGGUGACAAUCGGUGCAACCUUUGCAGCCAUGAUUGGAGCUGGAAUGCUUGUACAAUCAAUAUCGUAUGACCGGAGCCCAGGCCCAAAGCAUCUUGCUUGGUUGCUACAUUCUGGUGUGAUGGGUGCAGUGGUGGCUCCUCUGACGAUAAUAGGGGGACCUCUUCUCAUCAGAGCUGCAUGGUACACAGCUGGCAUCGUGGGAGGUCUCUCCACUGUGGCCAUGUGCGCACCCAGUGAAAAGUUUCUGAACAUGGGUGCGCCCCUGGGAGUGGGCCUGGGUCUCGUAUUUGUGUCCUCGCUGGGAUCUAUGUUUCUUCCACCUACCACUGUGGCUGGUGCCACUCUGUACUCAGUGGCAAUGUAUGGUGGAUUAGUUCUUUUCAGCAUGUUCCUUCUGUAUGAUACCCAGAAAGUAAUCAAGCGUGCAGAAAUAGCACCAAUGUAUGGAGUUCAAAAAUAUGAUCCCAUCAACUCGAUGCUGAGCAUCUACAUGGAUACGUUAAAUAUAUUUAUGCGAGUUGCGACUAUGCUAGCAACUGGAGGCAACAGAAAGAAAUGAAGUGACUCAACUUCUGGCAUCUCUGCUAUAUCAGAUAUCUUGCUUGUUUAAUAGGGCAGAUAUUCAUUAAAUAGUUUGUAUAAGCAGCUUUCAUUGAAGUUUAGAAGAUAAGAACAAGUCACAAUGUUUAAAACGUUCCAGUAAUGUGAUGCUUCAGGUCUGCUUUUUCUUCUGGAGAAUAAAUUCAGUAGCUGUCUCCCACAUAAGCACCUACAUUUCCAAUUCUCAUGUUUGAGUAAUUUUUGAAUGUUUUAAUGAACAUGAAAACUAAGGUUUGUGUUAUGAGAAUGUUAAGUAUUUUAUCUAUUUUUAAAUUUAUUAGGUUAAGUAAAAAUUAUCAAACCUGUGUUUGUCUGCAUAUUUUAUGGAAUGCAGAAUAUUGUAAGUAAUGUCGUAAGUGAAGUAGAGGUUUGGAAAAGGGACCAGAGAGAAGGAAAGGGGCAUCUGCACUGCCUUUGUUUUUGUUGUUUUUUUUUAAUACUUAGGACUUAGCACUUGUGUGAUUCAGCUAGUGAGAGACAUCUGAUUAUUUGAAUAAGUGAUUGACUGCUUUUACAUUCAUCUGUUGAUCUUAGCAAAAGUAUUAAGCCUGAAACAGAGACACAGGUGAUACAUUCUUCUGCUGUUGCUUCUCAGGGUUCUGUUUACAGUGUAGAUGUGGUUAUGUUUGACUUCUCAUUGUUAGGACAGUCCGGAAUGUCAAUCCUGAGUUUUACUUUUGAAUCCUAUAAAAUGAAAUAUCCUUAAGAUUAUUCUCAAGGUAAAAUAGUCAAAGCAUGAAUUUUGUUUUUCCAGACAUACAAACAUGUUCAUCAUUGCUGAGGGAUUUUUUGCACAUUUAUUGAAAUGUGUAAAUGAAUACAUGCUUGCUUUUCUUAUCUCUUCAAACUUUGGAACUUUUAUGGAGAAACCUGUUUGUAGCUUAUACUUGAGAUUAUGAAAGCAGUUUGGUUUCCUGCAUUCCCUCUCAGACCAAGCACUAAAAAGCAAAGCAAACCUAGUUCUGUUGUAGUGAAAUAUAUUGCUUGUAAAGGGGAGAAUGCUUCAUUAGUUUUUCUUAGCAGAAUUUUCCUUCUGUCCUGCAUAGACCUUGACUUUCUUGUGAUAUUUGUAAGGGGUUUUUUUUGAUACAGAAGAGUUAUUUUUGGAAGUCUUUAAUGAACAGAAGUCUGUAUGAUUGAGAUGAUUGCUAUUUUUGACAAAUAUUUAUCAUAGUAAUCAAGAAACAAUUACUGAUCAUCUCAAAGUACAUAGAAUGCUUAUUUCUGAAAUAAUAAAGGUUCCAGCCAGAUGA